ACACAGCACUGCAGCACUCAUCAGCAGGACUGUUCACCGGUCACUGUUCACUGCCCUGCAGAAGAAUACACCAUGGCCGUGGAUGUGGAGAGGAUCAUUAAGUGCAUCAAACAAGGAGACCAGGACAGCGUCCAGGCACAGCUGGACAACUACAACACAGAGUACUCUCAGUGUUUCUUCUUUAAUGUUGAAGAGAAGGAGAGGAAGAAGCAACGGGAACUGGAGGAGUUCCGCAAGAAUAAAGUGAGGGAGUACGUUCCAGACUCUGACUCAGACCUUGGCUCAGACGAUGAUGAGUGUGAGGAUACUGAGCUGGUGUUGCGGAGGCGUCUGGCCUCGGCCCUGAUGUGGUUUAUCCGGACACAGCUGCAGCCAGGUGUUCUGAGAGUGUGUUUGAGAACCCUCCGUAUCCUGUCCCGCGACCGCCAGGCUCUGGCGCCCUUCAUCACCGACGCUGCCAUCCUCACCCUCGCCCGGCUGGGCGGCAUCAGCUCCCUGCCCAUCCCUGGCCAUGAAGAAGAGGAGGAGGGAGAGGAGAGCGAGCAGUGGGGUUUAGCCUGCAGCACCACCAGCUCUGAGUCAAGAGCCACCAACAACAGCACUUCAGGGUCCAAGGCCGACUCUCUGGACACACACGGCCGCAUGAGAGAGGUCAUCAUAGAGACACGAGGGGAGCGGCGCGGGUCAUACAGGGCUGAUGGGAUUCACAGCAUGCUGGCGAGGGGAAAGAGGGACGCCAGAGGAGAGAGGGAUGAGGAGGGGGAUGAGUGGUAUGAUGAUGGAGAAGUGUGGAGGAAGGAGGCCAUGAAGGCUCUCUGUAAUGUCAUCUACAACAGCCAGAGGGCGCAGGAAAGGGCCAGCGCUCUGAAGCUUCUCCCAGGACUGUCUGAGAAGCUGAAGGACAGUAUCCACUCUGCAGCACCGCCCAGCGGGCAAUUCUAUGACCUGCGUCUCCUGUUUCUGCUGACCGCUCUGCGCCCAGAGCUCAGGAAACAGCUCCAGCAGGCGCGUGGUGUGUCCAUGCUGAUGGCGGUGCUGGAGCAGUGUCUGGAGGUGCGCUGGGUGGAGGACUAUGAGGCGGUCACCGGCCCCAGAGCGGCCCCCAUCAGCCGAGACGCCUCCCAGCGCGCCAUAGAGAUCCUGAAGAUCCUCUUCAACAUCACGUACAGCAUGCACAGACAGGAGCCUGACGAGGAGGAAGCGGCUCUGUAUCGCCAUCUGGCUGCAGUGCUGCGUCACUGCCUGCUGGUGUCCUGUGAAGAGAAAGAACUGGCAGAUGAACUGCAGGGCCAUACAGUGAACUUGCUGUCGGCCCUCCCUCUGCAGUGUCUGGAUGUCCUUCUAUCCGUCCGCCUGUCCAAGGGAUCGAAGGAGUCCAGCGGCAUCAAUAUGGACUGUGUCCACUCGCUGUUGCUGUUCAUGGAGAGGAGACUGGACAGAGGCCAGAAGCUGAAGGAGAAGUUGACUCCAGUGCUGAACCUUCUGACUGAAAGCUGCAGAGCGCAUAGAGAAACUCGACACUAUCUCAGACAGCAGAUCCUGCCGCCCCUGCGCGAGGUGGGCCUGAGGCCGGAGCAGGGAGACACUCUGAGGAACAAGCUGGUCAGGCUGAUGACCCACGUGGACACAGACCUCAAGCACUGCGCAGCCGAACUGCUUUUUGUGCUCUGCAAGGAAAACGUGGGGCGAUUUGUGAAGUACACAGGUUACGGAAACGCAGCUGGCCUACUGGCAGCUCGGGGUCUGCUGAGCGGCCGCGGACCCUCGCCUCAGCCACAGUACUCCAGUGACUCGGACUCGGACACAGAGGAGUACAGACAGGCCAAAGACAAAAUCAACCUGGUGACAGGACGAGUGGAGGAGCAGCAGCCCGACCCCAUGGAGGGAAUGACCGAGGAGGAGAAGGAGGCAGAGGCUGUCCGGCUCAUUAGCAUGUUCAACAGGCUCUCCAGGAAUAAGAUUAUCCAGCCGAUGGGGGUGACAGCAGAUGGCCGCUUGGCGCCCCUCUGUGGCCAACGGAGGAACAGCUACCUGGAGGAGGAAGAGGAGGAACAGGAGAUAGACUUUGAAGAUGAACUGGAUUAAUACGGAAGACAGAAAGAGUUUUGGACAGGAAGAGGCAACAGGUGGAGCUGAAGAGCGAAGGAGAGCGAAACGGAAGGACAGAGGAAAAAGAGUGUAGUCCCAGAUGCAGCUGGAAAGAGAAAUGAAAGGAAUUUAAGAUGGAUAUUAUAAUACGCUUACAAAUACAUGGAUAUGAGAUAAUGUGCCAGGCAGCAGUGUUAGUUGUAUAUACAACCAGAUGUGCAAGGAUGCGUUUUUACUUGCAUGCACAUGUGCAGCCAUACGAGCAGUACAAGUUAGAAGCAGACCUGCAGGAAAUUCCACAGUAACAUUAAAGACAGUGAGAGAACGAGGGAAG